AUGGCCGGCUCCCAGGGCAGGGCGAAUGCGCUGAUCGCAAAGGCCAACAAUAAACUCAGAGGCUGGAGCAUGUUUGGCUCAUAUAGCAAGUACGAGGACGCCGCAGAGCUUCUGGCCAGCGCCGCGAAGCACCUGAACUCGCGAAAGCAUUUGUAUUGGCCUAUGGCGGAGGUCUGGAUGCGCGGGCGGGUUGUGGUCGGACAGUGUGCUGUGGGCAACGUGCCUUUUUCAUGCUCUGGCGCGUUUGUGCUGAUUUGGUUGAGGCCAUGUUGCGUGCGGCUCUCAUGUGCUUGGUGGUGGCUGUCGCGGACCACAGUGUGCGUUGUGGGAAGGGUUCUGUGA